AUGCCUAACGAACCCCUCCGUUUUGAGAUGUCCGCGCGUACCUUCCGCUGUGGAAUCUCGAUAUCUCUCAAGCAACAAUUGCUCCAGGAUAUUUAUCAUAAACGGGAAUUCUACCCGUUCUCCUCACUCCCGCCAUCGAUAGUCCGCUCAUUUUACAAGAAAGAUGCAGCUCUCUACAAACACUCUGGGCCGUAUUAUGAGGAAGUUUUCGAGGCAGUAUGGAGAACUUGGUAUCCAAGAAGGAAUCUUCAUCCAGCAAUAGAUAAUGACUAUUACGGGUUUUUCUGUCGGACGAUGAAACCACUGAUUAAAGCGGGACGUUUUAAAACACAGCAGUUGAUUGAAUCCCACAAAGCCCUUGUGAAAACGUUGGAUGGUCAUGAAGGCAGUGAUGCAGAUGCGGGAGAGAAGUUGGAAGACACGUUCAGAUGGGUAUUUGUAUGUCUGGGUGAGAAUGUUGCAAAGCUUGGAAUCGACUGCAAUAAUGGCGAACCGGUGCAAGGGGAAAGCGACUCUAUAGCAUUUACGAUGAGUGUGGAGGAUGCCGUCAAGACCGUGGUCCAUGAUCCGGAAAGAAGGAAAGCAACAGCGCCAACCUUGAAGGAGUACAGGGAGAAGAAAUUUGCGAUAUAA